AUGGGACUUUUUCCGUCGAAAUCCAAGGCUAACCAGCAACAGUCGGCGCCUCCUGCGAACGCUGCUACUCAGUCAUCUUCGUCCGAACCGGCAGGAGGAGCUCCGGAGAACGUAGCGGUCGUCCCUGAGCAGAGACAACAAGUCGAACAAGUCCCAACCAGCCCGUAAGUUUGUGUUCCUGAUCCUUGUGGUCGUUGUUGUACCAUUGUACAUUUGUUGUACCUUCCUAUAGGGUACACACUUUAGAAACGUCUGUUUGAAAGGUUUCGGUCGCCUUAUUUAUUGGCAAGGCACAAACUUUCUGGCGAACGCGCGAAUGAUAAAUAUCAUAAAUAUUACAAACGUUUUGUCGCGAGCGCAUGUGUGUCGUAAUCUUAACCGUCUAGGAAGCAUGUGUAUAUUGCAAGAAAUAUUAGGUAUGUUAUGUCUAUGAUGAACCGACCUUUAAUCAGCAAACAUUAUUAACUCCUCACGGAAUUUUGCAAUUGAUACAUAAGCUGGAAUAAGACGAUGAAACGGCAAAGUAGAAAUUUUCUGUGUAAUCUGAGUGGUCAUGUUACUUUUAUGCUUUAUGGGCUUCACGUUUUGCCUAAACACAUACCAGUUGUUGUUCGUAAAUUGUUAAGUUUUGUCUUUUAAAAUUACCGUUGUUGAAUAAAGUAAAAAAAAAAACCGCCACCCUGUGCAUUUUGGUGAAACAUUUAGACGAUUUAUACAAUGUCAAUGUUUUUUAACCUUGAUGUUGUUGCUAAGGAGUUAUUGUAAUGGAAACUUCAGCUUGGUAACCAAAUCUGUUUGACUUUUUUGUAUAUUGCAAACUUCAGUUGGAAACGCUUGUUAUGCAGACUAAACUGGGUAUUGAAUUUUUCCUGACCUGCGAAAGUUUAUAAUAAAGCAGCGAAGUGACAACGUGCAAAUAAAACAUAAGGCGGUACAGAAAACUAGUCGUAAAAGGUCAGGGCUUGUCUUUUCCAUCUUGAUAUUUAAGGUUCUAUUAUUCCUGUUGUAGUAUUUUGAUACAAAUUUAAUAUUUGGGUGUUAAAAAAUCUUUUUACCGUUGUUUGUUUCAUUUAAUUACAUCACCGAUUCAAAAACAACUUGUGACAUUAUAAAUGCUGCUCUAGCUGUUGUAAUACAUCUCAGCCUUUCAGAAUGCUGUGUUCAGUGCUUGUCGAGUUCUCUCGGCUGAUAAAACUUGUUAUUAACACACCGGUAAAUUACGUUGAUUAUCUUGAGCUGUUGGUCUUUCGAGUUCUACAAUGUAAAAAGCAUUAAUUCUCACAGCCUCUGAAGUUGCGCACAUACCGGAAUUUUCCUUUUACUCUCGUUUUUCCGAAAAAAAAAAUUGAAAACUGGUUUAAUUGUUAAGUCAAUAAAAUAUCAGAUAAGAAUAACGUCAACUAGAUAUAUGCCUCAAAUCGGCUGACUUGAGCAAAUAAUUAUCGCGUUGCCACUUUUUGGCACUUUUUCUCGAGUAACUUCAAGUACUGAAUUAUUUAGUAUUUCAAGUCGUUAAUUCCCUCAUUCGUAAAAGCAACCAAUGGCAGAAUAUUGAUUGAUAUAGUAAAGCCAUCAGCUGGAUCGUAUGCGCGGCAGACAGAUUAUAAUAUGCAAAUUGCGUAAUACUUUUGAGUGAGUGACUGUACCGGCGAACUCGAAUAAUUCUAGUCGGUGCUCCUGUUUUUCGAAGUGCUGUGGCGUUGACGUUGGAGGUGUUCGAAGGUAGGCCUUUCCUGAUAGAUUGUCGUGAUUAUUUGAAUCUUAGUUAGAUUUAAAUUCCAGAGUGGAUAAAAAGCAGAAUUCCACUGGUUAUUUUACAUAUCAGCUUGUAUUCGAUCGACCAUGACUACUUUAUUUGCGAUUUAAGGCUGUUUAAUUCCCUCUUUUUUGGCGAAUGUGUCCACAUUUUAAACAGGAUGAUGUAGAAUUGUAAUGUUUUCGCCAGAAAGGUUUCUUUCUGAUAAAAUAAAGGUCCGUGAAAAAUGGGAGAAUUUUCAGCAAAUGUCAUAAUACGAAAGGGCCUGUUGACAGUUCCAUCAGACCAUAACCUUCACGCAAAUCACUCAGUUCCAACUUUAAAUCUAGCCAUCGUACAGGGAUACAACAAGCCUCUGGAUCGUCGCCGUGUAAAAUCAAUACAUUCUCAAUGGACUGAAAAAAUUACGUAUUAGUCAAGCGAUAUAACUGGAAUUUUUUUUGGAAAUAAAUUGGAUCAACCAACUAUGUUAAAAUAAGAGAUCGAAACUAGAAGUUUAAACCAUACCCUGGUUGCAUGUGGAACAACCGUGAAUUUGAAACAGGUUGCCACACUCUCGGAGUGCUAUAGAACAUACCGUGGACUACAGUGAGCCCUAUAAGGCAGUACGAUGUCGCCCACCCCAGAAUACAGCGAGAUUUAAAAAUAUCAGUAAUCGGUUCCUUGCUUCUUUCCGCUCCGUUAGGUUAUGAUAUGUAUAUUUUUCCGUAACCUGCGAUAAAAAGAACGCCUGAUCGCAGGUUUCUCCGUGGCCGAUUUUGUUGUUGCAUGUACCGUGAGUUUACGUCUCAGAUGAUGUAUUCGGACGAAAAAUGGUCGAAAAUCGACAGCAAUAAGCAAAAAAGAGCGAGAUUUUAAAGGAAAUGGGCCACCAUGACAAUUACAUCCCAUAUCAAGUUUCAAUAAUUCUGGACUGGAGAGUCCAACACAUGUCAUUUUAAGGUCGCGCGAUGUUUUACUGAUAUUUCAUUGAGCUAAGAGGCUGAUUUGUUGAUCGACGUCACACCGUGACAUGUCUGUUGUGAGGGUUUUCGAAUGCCUUAAAUCUACCGACAAAGAAUGCACUUUAAAUUAUUUGCACACAUGUUAUAUAUGCAAAUAUGGUUUUUGUCAACCAUUGCCGUAAAAAGAUUUUAAAAAUGAAAUACUGUCUGAUCCCGUUAUCCGGUUUCCGGUCACCUCGCCACCAAACCAUCUUGCCACCAACGAAAAUACUUAUCCAAAGGACCAGUCUCUAAAAGAUCGAAAGACUUGCGCCCUCCUAUCUAAAUAGCUACAUCAAUAAAAGAACAGGAAUGCAUAGUUAUAAUACCAGAUUCAGGAAAAAUCUAGACGUUCCUAUGUGCAGGACAGCCACUGCACAACUAGCCUGCGUGGCAGGCGUUCGAAAGGGAAGGGAAAGGGAAUUAGGGCGCGCCCCUCGCGUUUCUCUCGCGCCUAAAACUCCCUUUCCCUUUCCUUUCAAAGGCCUGCUACGCAGGCUACUGCACAACGUUCCUUUCACUAUCGGUCUAUCAACACUUGGAACUCGCUAAGCGCAAGCGCAAGAAAUAGUAAAACGCUCACUAGCAUUAAGCGCGGUGCAAAAUUGGAGCUAUGUCACACCGAGAAGUAGGUGACUGAUUGCAUGACUAAAACAGUUUUUAUAUGUCAUAGUUAGAGCAUUUUUAAGUCAAUAAUAACUAUACGUAAAUGUAUAUAGUAUAUACGAUAUACUAUCGUAGCUAUUUCCUAAUUUAAUUAUAUUCCUAUUUUUCCAUUUAUAUUUAACAAUUAGAUUUGUAAAUUAGUCUUUUUCUCCUUCUUCUUUCUUUGUUCCAUUUUGUAAAUUAAAUCGGAAGAGCCACGUAGUGGAGAUUUAAUAAAGAUACUGUACUGUACUGUACUGUACAGAUUUGUGUUUGGGCUUGAAGAAGAAGUAAAAAUCUUAGAUAAGUAAUCCUCGGUAAGUAAGCUGUGUCGAUUAUUGCAGAGUUAUUAUGUGGUGGCGAGUAGACUUAUUGGUGGCGAUUUUGUUAGUGGCGAGAUGACCGUAAACCUGGUUAUCCAUCCCUCAGCCCCACGAACAUGGGAUUCUUGAAACGUCAAGUUUAUCUUUAUAUGGUGCCUAAUUUAUUAAAUCAACACUACAUGAAAGCCUAUUUCAUAAUUGAGGUUAUCAUUCGAUGCAAUCUUUUCUUCCUUUUUAUUGGCCUAGAGUCCACCGCGUGGCCUGCAAAUAAUUGCCUACAAAUAAUGGUCUGCUCAUGCGCAACGUCAUCCAACUGUGUUUGGCUUAGUAUUUGGCUGCAAAUAAUAUUCUGCUCAUGCGCAAAUGAAAGCACGCUUUUCUCCUUCUUGCGAUCCCGAAGAUAUUUAUCAAAAAACUUACUCGGUAACUGAAUGAUAAAACAAUUAUUGAACUCGGUGGAUAACAUUGCGCAUGAGCAGACCAUUAUUUGUAGGCAGUUAUUUGCAGGUCACGUGGUGGGCCCUCGACAAAUGAAAAGGAAGAAACAUUAGCAAGGAAUGAUGUGUCUCUCGCAGAUCAAUGAUCUGCCUCAGCCUUCGGCUCCGGCAAAUAACUGAUCUGCUGGCCAAUGACAAUUCACGAUAUUUUGUUCAACCUCGUCCAAUAAUUUUCAAUUAUCUCCAUCCUUGACAAAGCUUUCGUUUACGUUCUACCUUAUAUAUCUUUGAUUUAACAUCCAGAAGUUCACUGUGAGAAAGGCGUUAGAUUGUAAUGUUUAAGUUUAAAGGAAGUGGCUUGUCUACACUGUAUGCUUUAUUGGAACUGUUCACGACAAGUGGUAUUUGGAUUAAAACGCCGUUGGACAACCUGAAAAUGACUUAGAACGUGGUUUUAUUAAACCCUGGUUAAACUUCACUCAAGCUUCACUCACUUUUCUACCAAAUUAUAUAAUUUCCCUGCAUAUUUCCAGGCCAAAUAAAGUAAUGUCAUUAUCUGUUUACAAAUGCUUAAGGUAAAUCCUAUAGUCCCUGAUAUGAAAACAUAGAUUUUUUUCAUACUUUCUCGGAGUCAUAGGGGCAACUAACUCUUUGGGACGUGGAAUCGUCAGAGCAAAAUUUUAUAGGCAUGACCACAGGGUAACCACCCUCUGUUCGUGUGGCAGUUGUUGUUAUUGAAAUCAGAGCAUCGAUCUUUUGUACCACUACAAUUUACUCUAACAUACAGAUUUGAAGCUAAAUGUUUCAAUAAAAGUUCAAGCCAAAUGUUGACUUAUUCAUUUGUCAUGGUAUUUCGCCGUCCAGAGCUGUUUAAAGCGUCAUUUUGCGAGAUGAUUAUUUUUACCGGCCGUUGGAGACAACUGCCACACGAACAGAGGCAGCGCGCCAGUAUCAGAAGCUAUUGGAUUCCCCAUCUCUGAUUGGUCAGAAAAUAUUUUCUGCCCAAUCAAAAGCGGGAUUUUCACAUGCUUGGGGAACAGGUGUCCGUGCAACAUUUGCAUUGUAGGGAGAGAAAAUGAUAAGUUGUUUGACAAAUGCCUUGGGUAGAUGGCCCCUAGUCGUCUCUAUAUAUUAGGGAGCGUAAGCAACGACGACGGCGACGGCAACGAGAACGGCAAAAAAUGCAAUAGGGUUAGAUUGGAAAAACAACAAAUCUGCACGUGCAUCACGCUUGUUUGUACAUGUCUUUGUUGUCACUGCACGACUACACCGUGAGAAUGCCUAAUUCCGCGUUUCGUGGAGAACGCACUUACUUUGCUUUUCUUUUCCUGAACUUCGAUAUUCAAUUCCAGACAAAAAUGCCAACAUUUGACGAAUUGAACGAGAUGGAAUAAGUGCAAGAAAGUUUGAAGCCUUUUAAAUUCACUUUUUAAUUCACCUUUUUUUGACGUUUCUCGUAGCCGUCGCCGUCUUGUUGCUUAAGCUCCGUAUCAGUCUCCUCCGACCCUUUCCUGACCAAAUACAAAUAAUAAGAGACGUCUGGGGAUAAAACAGGCAUUAAACAGGGUUGGUAACGUGUCAGCGGUUAUAAAAGACAUGGUGCGUUCUACAUAGUUUUGAAAUGAGUUGUAAAGUGGUUGUUUCGGCGACCAUAUUUUUGUUGCAAAUGGAAAGUGUUCCUCUGAACAUGAAGGCUAUCUAAGGAAUAGUGUUUGCCGUAGGGCCGUCUUUAGGAAUACUUUCCCAGUCAUUAGGUCACUACCUAAUUAUCAGGCCUAUUUUUUUUGUAUUUGUAGUCCCUCAGACAAAAUGCCGCUUCCUAAAGAACUUUCGGAUCCAAAAUGCAACCCCAAAAUGCUUCUGAAGAAGUAUCUCACUGAAGAUGUGUACAACUCGUUGAAAGACAAAAAAACCGCAAGUGGCUUUACACUGGGUGACCUGAUUAAUUCUGGAUUGCUAAACUUGGAUUCAUCAAACGGAGUUUAUGCUGGAGACGAAGAAAGUUACACUCUUUUCGCGGACUUACUUAACCCCAUCAUUGAAGAGUACCACAGUCCCUACAAGCUUGUAGAUGGCCACACCCCGGACAUGAACCCAGAGAAAGUGAACGCACCUGAUUUGGAUCCACAGGGACGGUUCAUUCGAUCCACUCGUAUUCGCGUUGCUCGCAAUCUGAAGGGUUACAAUCUCACACCCAACAUGACCAAACAAGAACGGAUCGAUCUCGAGAAAAAGAUCGUGGACGUGUUGGAGUCAUUGACGGGUGACCUCAAAGGUACGUACUAUCCGCUUAGCGGAAUGGACGAAGCAACAAGACAACAGCUGGUAAAUGACCACUUCUUGUUUAAGAAGGGCGACCGUUUCCUGGAGGCAGCAGGUGUCAACAAGGAAUGGCCAGAAGGACGAGGAAUCUUCCACAACGUCAACAAGACUUUCUUGGUAUGGGUCAAUGAGGAAGACCAGUUGCGGAUAAUCAGUAUGGAGAUGGGGAGCGAUAUUCAGUCAGUUUUUAAGCGUCUUUGUGAUGCAGUGAAUGCCAUCGACGCAAAGCUGGGUUUUCAAGAAACUAAACAGCAUGGAUACCUUUCGUCCUGCCCCACCAACCUGGGCACUGGUAUGCGUGCCAGUGUGCACGUGAAGAUCCCACAUGCUAGUGAGCAUCCAGACUUUAAGAAAAUCUGCGAUGAAUUUCAUAUUCAGGUAAGAAAUCUAUAGCUUUGUAUGAUCCUGUGUUAAGUGGGUGGGGUGGGGGGUGUUGGGGGGGGGGGGGGUUUCGUUACUUGGGUCACGCCGGGGGGCUUUUGGAAAAUUCUAUUUAUUUUUUCUGUCCCUAUUAACGGGCCCCAUUUAAAAUAAGCAUUUUGUGUGAUCUCUUUGUUAACGGUUCCUGCACCUUCGUUAACUGUUUUGGUUUAAUUUAAAAAAAAGAAAAGAGCAUGAAUCCUUUCGGCCCGCCCCCCCCACCCUGGGCAAUGGUGUGCGUGACAGUGUGCAGGUGAAGAGCCCACAUGUCAGUGAUAAUCAAACUUUAAAAAAAUACGUUGUUAUAUUUCUUAUGUAGGAAAGAAUUUUAUGGGUUUUUUGGUGCUUUUGUUGGGGGGGGGGGGGGGGGGUGGUGGGGGGGGGGGGGGCUUUCGUUUCUAGGGACACGCCGGUCAGCUAUUGGACAAUUCUAUUUAUUUUCCCUGUCCCUAUUAACGGGCCCAGUCUAAAGUAGCGAAUUCGUGGGAUCUCUUGUUUAAUGGUUCCUGCACAUUCGUCAACUAUUAUGGUUAAAACUUGCUAUUACAGACAAUAAAGAGACAAAAUGAAGUGUCCUCAGUAGAAAAUCACGUGCAAUGUAUAGUUAGGAGAUGGAAGGAUCGUUAAGCUUUGAAUGUGAAAGUCAGUCUUUCUCUUUAAAAAGAGCGCCUUCAACGGGAAUUGACUUUUUUAAAAGAAAAUGCUUUCUAUUUUCCCCUACAAAUACACCAAUAGCCCGUGUCAAGUUGUGUUAUCCUCAUUUUGCCUAUUGUUGUUUUAAGCCUCGUGGAAUUCAUGGAGAGCAUUCCGAGUCUACUGGAGAAGAUGCCGGAGUGUUUGACAUCAGUAACCGUAGACGUUUGGGACUCUCUGAGGUACAGUGUGUACAAGACAUGUACAAUGGAGUCAAGAAACUUCUGGAGAUUGAAAAAGCCGCCAUUGCGUACGUAUUGACGGGUUUACAAUUUAACCUUCUCUCUCGCUGUCUGUCUCUUUUUCAUAGGAGUGAUGAGUUAACGGCGUUCUAUUUAUUAUUUUGUCAGCGAGAAACAGCAAAAGUUUCCAGAGGGACUUAAGGGACCUGAGGUGACCUCCCGCUUGAAAAAAUACCUCACUGAAGAUCUCUUCAACGAGCUCAAAGACAAGAAAACAGCUAGGGAUUGUGGCAUCUGGGAGCAGAUUAACUCUGGUGUGGUACACCUUGACUCCGCAAAUGGCGUUUAUGCCUCUGAAGAAGAAGCUUACACCCUGUUUGGAAAAUUGUUUGAUCCAAUCAUUGAAGAUUACCAUGCCCCGUACAAACUGGCUGAUAAACACACUUCGGAUAUGGAUCCAGAGAAGGUUGACGCUCCUAAUUUGGACGAGGCUGGCGAGUUCAUCCGGUCUACUCGGAUUCGUGUGGCUCGUAAUCUUAAGGGACACGGAUUGCCACCAAGUAUGAAUAAUAAGGAGAGAAUUGAGGUGGAGCAGAAGGUACAGUUAUAGUCACAGCCACUGAUAAGCACUAAAAUAAUUAGCUCUUUUUCAUAUCAAUGGAUGAUAUUAACAUUAAUUUUCAUCUAACGAAACCACAAGCACGUAAAUAGAAACAAGAAAAGUUUAAAUUCUUUGUAUUUCAUUUAUUAACAAAAGAAAAUUUUAAAUUCUUUUCAUUUCAUUUAUUAACGUAUCUAUAUCGAGAUAAGAAUCCUGUUUUAAAAAGAUUUGAAAUAAGGAUUCAGUUAUUUUUUUUCUUGAAUCUCUAUUUUGGGAGCUGUCUCUUAACAUCUGGAAUACUGUUCCAAAGUUUUGCGCCCAUAAUGGAAAAAGAGUUCUUGUAGUGAUUUAGUCGAGAGUAGUUUAUAUAGAAAUUACCAACGGUAGAAGAACGGGUGUUGUAAUGAUGAACAUCUUUGGUGGGGGUAAAAAGAUCAGAAAUGUCAGACAUCAUGUUAUAGACAUCAUGCAUUAAGACAGAGCAAUUUUUAAACCAGAGUAAGCGUAAAGGCAAAAUAUUGGUAGAGAUAACAUGUGGAACAGCAUGAAAACUAAACUUGGCAAAAUGGAUGAUGUGUUUUGGCUGCCUGUCACAGGCAAUAAGGCCGGAUUGAGUCAUAGUGAACCACCCUGAAUAUUUCCUAUGACUGACAGCAUUUCAGGAAUAUGUUACUCGUUUCCUUUCUUCCCGGUAUCUCCAUAUUAUACAUUGAGUUUUACAGUUUGAUAAUUUUACAGUAACGACUAGCCUGUUAACAAACAACCAAAGAAAGACUGAUAAUCAUUUUAUUGUAAGAUUUUGGUCCAGUUUUGAAUCCAGAAUUGCCUUCUAGAAUGUAGUCUCGUUGCAGCCGUUUUUGUCUCGUCACCCAGUUACGCUGCGCCCCCCCCCCCCCCCCUCCUAAAAAACCUGCGUUGGGGACUACCUAGUAUGCUUUUAUCAUGAAGUUUGCGUGAGGUUCUAGUUAAGGCUGCCGUAUUGGAAUACUGCUUUUUUUUAUUCGUUCCUGUAGUGAUAUAUGAACGAGAAGUCACUAUUUCCGGAAAAUUCUAGAUUCUUCCUUCUUUUCUAGUAUAAUGCAUUGGUAUUUAAAGGAUAUUGUAGCUCACUCAGGAUAUUCUAACUUUGUAUUUGGAGAGCCUUCUUGAAUCAUUGAGAAAACGGUGCGCAAAAGUGGCCCUUAGUUCUUCUAAAGAUAAUAUAAACAGUUUCAGCAGCCAAUGAAUGUGCGUUGAAGGCACACGUCCAAUAACUGUACCCGAGUGUAAUAGAGGCCCCGUCUGUAACAACAUAAAAGAUUAUGCUGUAUCCGCCCACCUGCCUAUUCAGUAUAGCAAUAUCUAGCGCCUAAUAUCUCUCCUUAACAAGUCUCAGAUUGCCUCUUUCUGUACAUCAUGUCACUUAAUAUGAGACCUAAUGAAACUUUAACAUGCAAAAGAGUGGUUCUUAACGACCUCUAUAUUUUCUUCAUCUUUGGAAUCCACGCACCUUGGGCGGAUCUCUUGAAAUAGCCAAAAUAGUUUCUUUGCCCUGAGUGUUACGAAACGCAAUCAUGCUCUCCUCUUUUUGCUGUUUUCUCGUAGAUUGUCGGCGUUCUGACGUCACUGACCGGAGACCUGGCGGGCACGUACUAUCCCCUCUCUGGGAUGAGCGAGGAGACUCGCAAUAAACUUGUCGAGGACCAUUUUCUCUUUAAGAAAGGUGACCGCUUCCUUGAGGCCGCGGGUAUCAACAAAAUGUGGCCGCAAGGACGUGGAAUCUACCACAAUGCUGACAAAACUUUCUUAGUGUGGGUAAACGAGGAAGAUCAGUUGAGAAUUAUCAGCAUGGAGAAAGGUGAUAUUGUAUUACUGUAAAAGGGCCGGGUAUUAUUUAGACAGUGUGUGUGUGCGGAUGACUAUUUUAAAGGGGCUAUGUCCUCCGGGGGAUACUCCCUAUGAUAGCCUAUACGGGGAGGCUCCGCCCGGAAGGGGUACCUUUUCAGGGUUCAGGUAUAUGAAAGGGUAGGGAUCUCACUAGUUGAAGUAUAUAAAAGCGGGAUAGGGAAAUCUGUCAUUUGGGUCUGUGAAGGGGCCCAAAAGGGCUAACAGAUUAAUUUUAUGGCUUUCUUAAGUCGAGAAAACGUUCUAUUCUUGUGAUUGAUUCCUGUUAAAAAAAACAUUGCAUUUACAGCAGUGAAAAGGGAUGCAAAGUUCUAAACAAGUUAUACGAAAGGGGUACCGUUUUCGUGAAAAAUGGUACACUGUAUAUAAAAUGGUAAGGGGAUCGACCAUGGGGGGGAGCCUCCCCGAAAAAACAUUUGUUGAGUGCCCCCCUGGGGCUAUGUCACGCUAUUUGCUAUCUUUUUAAAAAGCUAUACCGUGUCUUCAUAUCUAUUGAAUUCCAAAAAUGAUGCGCUAGAUGUGUUAUUCAAGACUAUAUUUAGGCAUUGAAAUUAAUUAUCUCCUGUCGUCUGUUACCAGUACAGUUGGUAAGGAUAGAAAUGGAUUGAAAAUUGAAAAAGUUGGGUCAACGCUUUGAAGUUUCAAUAGUUUGCCUACUAAAAUCACCCAAAAAAUAAUAGCUGUUGCUCCCUGAUGGACUUUGUUUAAUAUCUUCUUCAUAACUCUUCAGGAGCACGGUGAAUUGCAUAGGUAAAGGAACUAAGUAAUAACUUCGGCACAGAAGUGACCUUAAAGAGCAAUUUCCUCGUGACCUAGCUUUAAAGAAAGACACGCCAUUUCCUUACCUCCUAACAGCACUACAUCGCAGCGUAAGCUGAGAAGCGCGAACAAAACAUCUACACACAGCGACAGCGCACGGAAAGUACACUCCACACCCUUGUCAUGCGGCCCAUCCAUAACGACACCCGUGCCCUUCCCACCCCCGCCCCUCCCGGCGGGUCGGGGGGGGGGGCCGGGUGGGGGGGUAAAAACCAACACUUAUUACCUCCUGACCCUCGUCUUUAUCUUUAGCUAACCCAUCUCCACCCUCACCCCUCUCUUCAGUGUCUACUUUACCUAUAUUCACACUAUACCGGAUAAUUUGGAUCAAUUUAGGUUUGUGGGAAACUGCCUACCUACCCCUCCCCUAAGCAAACAUUAUCACUUACUUCUCACUUAGUGCAAAGUGUUGGCUUAGGGGAGGGGUACGUGGGCAGUUUCCCAGAAUCCUAAAUUGAUCCGUUAGCACCGCCACGAAAACCAUACCGGCUUCUGUUCACACACAAGAACGGUGAUUUCGGCGCGAUUUCUGUGUCAGGAGCUGCGAAGCAGCAGCACCUCUCCGAUCUCUAAAGUGGAGCGUCACAUAUCGGAUGGGUUUUGUGCCACACUUUGGUGCAGUGUAAAAACCUAUUCGGACCGUCGCGGAAGUAAUUAUGUAGGAGCGAGGACUGGAACGCACUGAGACGCAAGUAAAUAUUCAGGAGUGGAAACUGUACAUGUAAUUUAGUGCACCAAGCCCACUCGGCCAAUCGCGCCAGCACGAUGUUUGAUGUGUAUGAAGUUGUGCCGCCUCGGGCCGUUGCUGUUCAUACUAUACCGGAUACUGUGGAUAUAGCAUUAGGCCUUUCGAAAUCACCUCUUUUUACAGUCAGGGCUCCAUGGCUCCAUGGCUCCAUGGCUCACAGUUGAAACCCACCUUUAAUGUACAAAUUCAUUAGGCCUUCCCCUUUUGGCUUUAUUAAACUUCACUGACCCACUCCCUACUAGCUUACGUUCCCCCCCCCCGCCCCCCACCUCCCUUCUUCUUUUAAAAGUCUGAGAAGAGAGCUGUCUUAAGUAAAGUUCCUUUGCUUACAACCAACAACGAUCGUGUUCACACUUAGAAUACUUGCUAAUGCAGCAAACUACCCGACUCGUUCUUUUCCAGGAAGCGAUAUAGGAUCUGUGUUCAAGAGAUUGUGUUUAGCGGUCAAUGAGUUGGACAAGCAACUUGGUUUCCAGCACGAUGAAUCCCGAGGUUAUCUGUCCUCUUGCCCCACCAACCUGGGCACUGGUAUACGUGCUAGUGUGCACGUUAAGAUCCCAAAUGCUAGUGAGCAUCCGGACUUUAAGAAGAUCUGCGACGAAUAUCAUAUUCAGGUAUCCAUGCAGACUCAAUUAUCAUUAACACCUUUAAACUUGUCCAAGUCAACGUUUUGAGAGGAAGGCCCCGUUCACACUAAUGCGUUUUGAAAACGCGUACAUUUCGGUGCGUUUAGGCCUUCCGUCGACACUAAUACGCUGAGUGUUUUCAUUGAAAACGCAUCGUAGGUGGAUCAAAACGAAAAUGCAUACAUAUCUUAUUAGUUUGGUCAUAGCUAUUAAAGUGGAAUGGUUAGGAAACCCGUAAGACUUCAUUGUUAUAUGUUUUUGUUAGAUUUUUUGGACCUGACCGUGCAAAAUGUUCAAUAGCAUUACUUACUGACUAAUAGAAACAUUGCGUUAAUUUAUUCAGUCACAAAAACAAAGGAUUGUGCACGGUCAGGGAGCUUCCGACAUAGACUGCAAAACGGUCGGUUUUUUUUUUCUCAAAAUCAGGAAAGAAAUCUGUAAAGUGUGGCAUAAGAGUAUUACGCGCGCCAAGCGCGCAAGCCACACACGCCCGUGGCGUCUCUUCCCAGUCUCGCUCUCUGUUUUCAUCCUUUUUGACCUUUUGUUUGACUUCUUGCGCGUACUUGAAUACGCAAAAAUAUACGGACUGUUUUGCAGUCUACUUCCAACAUAAAGUACAGAACCGUUGUUUUCAACUUUGAUGUUUGCCGGCUUUCAUAACCAGUCUCCUCUACUAACUAUGGUGUGGACGGUCGAAAACGGCCAAAGACGAAUAAAAUGAGAAAGAUGACCGAAAAUAUCGCAGAUGCGUGUGUUUUUAGCCUACCCAUAGGGUUCAAAUUACGUCACAACGUGCCAUUCUUUCUUUAUCGAACUUAAGUAGUAAGUAUGGACAGUCGAAAAUGCAUCAAAAAACGGUAGUGUGGACGCGAAUCGAUCGAUGCGUUUUUGAUAACAGCGAAAGCUCAUACUUCUGUUUUCUGCGUUGUUUUGUGCCUUUAGGCUCGUGGAAUUCAUGGGGAACAUUCCGUAUCUACUGGAGACGAUGCCGGAGUGUAUGACAUCAGUAACCGAAGGCGUUUGGGACUCUCUGAGGUGCAGUGUGUGCAAGACAUGUACAAUGGAGUCAAGAAACUUCUGGAGAUUGAAAGAGAAGCGCUAGCCUCCAAAACAUAAAUGAUGAUGAAGUUGGAGCGUGGACGUCAGAAAUACGUCCUUACGGCCACGGAACUUCAUGUAUUUCAGAAACGUGUGAUUUCCUUAUUAAUAUUCAUUAUAAAAACGAGGUGUGCUUUGAAAUGUAAAUUUCGGUUAUUUUCUUUCAAAUGAUUGCCAGAUGCAAGGGUUUAUUGGUUUAUUUUGUUGGAUAAACCGGCUUGAGAAUCGAUCAAAAUAAUGUUUGUGAGUAGUUGCUCGGUACAGAGACGAGCACAAAGUGAUAUGGCUCGUUUGCUUCAAUUUCAUAAUCUAUACCAUCCUCGUCCAUAGUCCAGGGUUUUCCUCGAUUGUGUAGAUGUGUCUGGAUAAAUACUUAUUGCUUACAUGGUGUGAACGAAAUAUUUCUUAGGGGUCAACAAAAGGAAUGUGUACAAUUUAGGAAGCUGCCAUUGAUUGUUACUGCAGUAUCGCCAUAGCAAUUUCUUUAUUACGUGUGUGCAAGCAAAUAAAUGUUUGAAACAUGAAUUGCUAUAAUUCUGAACGUACUUUUUGACCAUAGAGAGGCGAAGUGUGACGUUAUGUUAUCAUGCUAGCAAAAUUUCUUGAUCACAACAAAAGAGAGCUUAAGCAACAACGACGGCGACGGCAACGAGAACGGCAAAAAGGAAGUACCGUAAAUCCUCUAUUAAGCCCCCCCUCUCAAAUAAGACCCCCUCUCUAACAAGCCCCCCCCCCCUUUUCAGAGAAGGAAAGUUAAUAAGCCCCCCCUCUCUAUUAAGCCCCCCCCUCCCCCUGCCGCAAUCCUUAUUCUUCACAAAAUUUAACGAUUAACGUGGACUGAUCAGUUAUGGUUUAUUCAGGCUGGAAGUUCAUAUUGUUUUUUGGUCUUUGGCCGCAUGACCUCCAACUUCAUAUGCUUAACUUUCUCAACUUUGCGCUCUAGUUCUCUGUGUAGAAUUGUCACCAUUUAAAAAUGUAAAAAUAAGAGGAGUUUUCCAGAGAUUUUUGUUUGUAAGUUUUGUACGGCAAAUUAAUACAAGUAACCAUUCUCAUAAAAAUUACCGAAGAACAUGAGGCCAAAAGCACAUUUUUGAAGAAUAAGAAUUUUGUUUCUGUUACUUUUAGGCUCCCACAAGUGAAUUAAAUACUUUUGAAAGUGACUUAAUUGUACAACGCUUAAGUCUACUCUGUCUCAUACCACGGUAUUUUUGCUACAAGUGAUGCGUUUCGCUAAAUUAAAUAAGCCCCCCCCUCUCUUUUAAGCCCCCCCCCCGCUUUCUAUUAAGCCCCCCCUCAAAAGUGCUUGAAAAAAAUAAGCUCCCCGGGGGGGCUUAAUAGAUGAUUUACGGUAGGUUUAUAUGAGUAAAACAACAACUUUGCACAUACAUAACGUUUUUUGUACAUUUCUUAGUAGUCACUUUACGACAUGCGACAUGAAACUUCCUAAUUUUACGCGCCACCAGAGCUUUAUGGAGCAGGUAGACACAACACAAAAAUUUUUGUCUUUUUCUCUUUUAAAACUUACGGUCUGUUCUGAUCCAAACCCAGACAAUUUCGCCAUCAUUACGCAAAUAAGAUGGAAUUGAAUAAGAUUGGUUAAGUUUUAAACACUGCGAAUUCCCUAUAUAAGUGACUUUUCGAUCUUUUUGUCAUCCAGAAAUUUUGUUACCAUGACAACGUGAGGUAGCGACUUCUCCUCUCUACUUUAACCAUACUCUGAAAUGACUUGAAGAGGUGGUAGUCCAAAGAAGGAAUCUAUGUGUUGCCAAGUGACAACCUAAUAUCCCGACUGUGGUUGUUAUAGAUGGCAGGCGACAUUGGAUCUUUCCCGAGGUCCCCGUCCCGCCUCACAGGAGCGACGAUGGAUAGCAGCCUAAGAACAGUUGCCAU